AUUCAUUCAAUCAUCGAAAAAUGCUCUUCUUCCUCAUUUUUCUGGGUCUGAUGGCCACUGCUUCAGCAAAAGCGGGCCGCUGCAACGAAGGUGACCAGGACGCUCAUUUUGAUUCGAACAAAUUCUGGAAAUGUGAGGGUGGGCGGUGGAUUGUUGUAACUUGUCAGAUUAACUAUUUUUAUGAUGCUACAACUGGCUUCUGCUACCUGUCCCGAUUCCCAACUACCCGUCCUUACCCACCACCAUUCCCGACUCGCCCCCGACCAACUCAGGGCCACCGCUGCUACCCUGGCACUAGAAUCCCGUACCCACAUGACCAUACCAUGUUCCUCGAGUGUUCAACUGAUGGAACAGAGUAUAUUAAAAGAUAUUGCCAGCCUGAUGCGGUUUUCGUGCAACGGGAGAACAUGUGUGUGGCCAUUCAGACCACGUACCGCCCGACGAGAACAUGGCCGACGACUACAACUACUCCAUACUAUGGUGCAUGCAAGGAAUCUGCCGGUCAUGAUGGGUAUAAGCCGGAUGUUUACAAUUGCAAGAAUUUCUAUCAGUGUGCUUCAGGCCUCUGGACCCAACGUAGCUGCGGAGAAGGGACCAUCUGGGACCAGCACAAGCUGACGUGCGACCACAACCGUGGUCAGUGCCGUCCAACAAGCCCAACCGUUCAGCCGACGUAUCAACCAACAUGGCGUCCAACUGCCUACCCACCAAAUGAGGUUAAGAAGUGAUAUUUUGAUAUAUAUAUGGUUUUUAAGCUUAAUCUGAAAUUGAUUGUGAAUAAAUAAAUCAAUUUACAGUAUUAUUUA